AUGGCCGCCAAAUCUGUGGAGGGAAACAAGGGCAAAAAGCCCCCUUCCGCAGCCGUGAACUUGAUCGCUGGUGGUGGUGCCGGUAUGAUGGAGGCACUCGUCUGUCAUCCUCUUGAUACCAUCAAAGUCAGAAUGCAGCUCUCGCGACGGGCUAGAGCCCCCGGAGCAAAACCUCGUGGAUUUAUCACCACCGGUGUCGAGAUCGUGAAGAAGGAGACGGCUCUGGGAUUGUACAAGGGUCUGGGAGCUGUUCUGGGCGGUAUCAUCCCGAAGAUGGCUAUUCGUUUCACCUCCUAUGAGUGGUACAAGCAGAUGCUCGCGGAUAAGGAGACUGGUGCAGUUACCAGCAAGGCGACCUUCCUCUCCGGUCUUGCUGCUGGUGUGACCGAAGCCGUCGCAGUGGUAAACCCAAUGGAAGUCGUUAAGAUUCGUUUGCAAGCGCAGCAUCACAGUCUGGCGGACCCUCUGGAUACCCCCAGGUACCGCAGCGCACCCCACGCACUAUUCACCGUGAUCCGGGAAGAAGGAUUUAGCACUUUAUACCGCGGUGUCUCCCUGACAGCUCUUCGCCAGGGUACUAACCAAGCUGCCAACUUCACCGCAUACACCGAGCUGAAGGCCUUCCUUCAAAGAGUCCAGCCAGAGUACAGCAACUCGCAGCUUCCCUCAUAUCAGACAACGGUCAUCGGAUUGAUCUCCGGUGCCGUCGGUCCCUUCUCGAACGCCCCCAUUGACACCAUCAAGACCAGACUCCAGAAGACCCGCGCUGAACCUGGCCAGUCCGCCGUCAGCCGAAUCAUGGUCAUUGCCAAGGACAUGUUCAAGCAGGAGGGUGCGCGUGCUUUCUACAAGGGUAUCACUCCUCGUGUGAUGAGAGUUGCUCCUGGUCAGGCUGUCACUUUCACAGUAUACGAGUACCUCAAGGGCAAACUCGAAGAGUCAAACUGGGCCUUCGUGGGUGGCAAAUAUGAGGAAUAA